AUGAAACUCGACAUGGUCAAGGAAGGAACACGCACAGCUACAGACCUGCUUCUGCAUGCCCGUAUCCUGCAUGCCGCUUUGGAAGACUCAAGCGACGAAGAUGACAGCGGUGAUGAGUUAGAUGACAUUAAUGUAGCUACUCAGGUACUAGCUACGCGCUACUUGUUUCGCAGCACCGUCCUGAAGUCUGAUGAGCGGUACCCAGCGCGGAUUUUCCUCAUGGGCUCCGUCCGCGCUCGUCGUGAUCUAAGAAUUAGUGUCGACGCGGAAGCCAGGGAAACACCAGUGCAGCUUCAGCUGGAAGUGUUCCUCUACUCCAUGCAAUCGCUGUCGUACCACAAUAUUUCACAGCCCUUUGGUAUCGGUGAAGGAACUGUAAAAAUUGUUAGCGACCGCGUUGUAGAGGCUGUCUUGGCGCUGGAGAGCUCUUUCAUUCGAUGGCCAACUCAAACGGAGCGUAAAACGAUGGCUGACAAGGUCCAACUGGCGACUGGCUUUCCUAACUGUGUUGGGUUCGUUGAUGGGAUCUCAAGUAUGCACCCAAAAUUGAUGCGGAGUGCUACUUCUCACGAUGGCAGUUUACUGCUUGAAUGGACAAGUCAUUUGUGA